AAAAUGGGUCAAGUUCUCAUUCUAUCAUUCAACAUCAAAACAUACAAAAACAAUUAGUGUACACAUUUCUUAAGAAUGGCUUCCAACAAGCAUAGUGCACUAAUUAUAUUAUUUUCUCUCCUUGCUUAUUCAACAUUUUCAAAUGCUUGUGGUUCAUGCAAACCAACUCCACCAAGUCCACCUCCACCUUCAAAAACACCAAAGGCUUGUCCUCCACCACCUUCUACAACACCUAAGGCUAGCCCUCCACCUACGGCUAUAACUCCACCAUCAACAACACCUAAGUCUAGUCCUCCUACUCCUUCAACAGCACAAAAAUGCCCUAGUGACACAUUAAAGCUAGGUGUAUGUGCUGAUGUUCUAGGACUUGUUAAUGUUAUUGUUGGAAAUCCUGCUUCAAGCAAAUGUUGUACAUUGAUUCAAGGUUUGGCUGAUUUGGACGCAGCAGUUUGUCUUUGUACCGCUAUUAAGGCUAACGUUCUUGGUAUCAACUUGAAUGUGCCUGUCACACUUAGUCUCCUACUUAGUGCUUGUCAAAAAUCUGUUCCUAAUGGUUUCCAAUGUUCAUAGAGUUUCAUGUGAAAGGUUCAAGCCAUACCAAUACUUAUGUUACUACUACUUUCAUUGUUGUUUUUAUUUUACUUAUUGUUUCUGUGCACGAUUGAAAUUACACCGACUUGCAUGAAAUUAUAGUAUAAUACUAUAAUUUUGUUUGAGUUUGGGUGUGUGACUUUUGUCAAAAUCACGGUGGUGUGUCACUGUGUUUUUGCUAAAUUCAUCAUCGAUUCAAAUAUGCACUAUAUCUAUUUUGGUGUGGGAUAUGUGUCAUGUCAAUAAAUAGGGUAAGCCUGUUUGCCUCAUCGAGUAACUUUGUUCUUUUAAUUUUAAUAAAUAAAUUUGGCAAACUUUCGUUUGAUGAUUGUACUUGUCAUCGUCAUCAUACUUA